UCACUCUUACAUUUUGACGUCAUGUGCCGGACAAAUGUACCGCCUCUUGUAUGUCCUACUCAACAUUAGUAACAACACUCAACAGUCACCAUGACACCAGGUGUUUUUUAGAGGUUAUGUGAAAAGUGAUGUUUUGUUUUCGUGAAUACACUAUACAGUAAAAGACAAUUAUGGCCAACGUAAAAAUCAAGGUUAUUAGUCGUAAUCCAGAUGAGUAUUUGCGUGCUACAAAAAGAGAUAUCCAUAAAAUCCCAAGAAACUAUGAUCCUAGCCUGCAUCCUUUGGAAGCUCCGCGUGAAUACGUACGAGCCCUUAAUGCUGUAAAAUUGGAAAGAGUUUUUGCAAAGCCUUUUAUUGGAAGCCUUGAUGGACAUAGAGAUGGGGUGUCGUGUAUGGCAAAACACCCAAAGAGACUUGCAGUGCUUGCGAGCGGCGCAUUCGACGGUGAGAUACGUUUAUGGGAUUUGGCUGCGCGUAAAUGCACAAGAAAUUACGUCGCACACGAGGGAUGCGUCAGAGCAAUAUGUUACUUACCAAGCGGAGAUAAGUUUACGAGUGUAGGCGAUGACAAGACGAUAAAAACGUGGAAGUCACAGGUUGUAACUGAAGAGGACGAGGAGCCUGUCAAUACACUGCUCAGCUCAUGUGUGGUGACUGGAGUGACACAUCAUAGACAAAGGCCAAUAUUCGCUACAUGUGGUGAACACUGUCAGCUUUGGGAGAGUACAAGAAAUGAACCCAUCAAAGUCUUCAAGUGGGGUGUGGACAGUUUGCAUUAUGUUGCUUUUAAUCAGGUAGAAAAUAACAUACUUGCUGCAUGUGCAAGUGACCGAAGCAUAAUUUUAUAUGAUUCCCGUGAAUCAGGGCCUUUGAGAAAAGUUGUAAUGGAAUUAAGAUCUAAUGCUUUGGCUUGGAAUCCUAUGGAGGCUUUCAUAUUCACCGUAGCAAAUGAAGAUUACAACUUGUAUUCAUUUGACAUGAGAAGACUAAAAGAACCUGUACAUGUACACAUGGACCACACUUCUGCUGUUAUUGAUGUUGAUUAUGCACCAACUGGCCGUGAGUUCGUAGCAGGCAGUUAUGAUAAAACUGUAAGAAUAUUCCAAAGUGAGAGAGGUCACUCAAGAGAUGUGUAUCAUACAAAACGGAUGCAGAGGUUGACUUGUGUCAAAUGGUCUUUGGAUAACAAGUACAUAUUGACUGGGUCUGAUGAGAUGAAUAUAAGAAUGUGGAAAGCGAAAGCAUCAGAAAAACUUGGUGUGUUAAAACCAAGGGAACGAACAGCACUCAACUACUCUGAAGCUUUAAAGGAGAAAUUUGCCUCACAUCCACAAGUAAAACGCAUUGCACGCCAUAGACACGUUCCUAAACACGUAUUAAAUGCACAGAAGGAAAUUAGGACUAUACGAGAAAAGAAUAAGAGAAAGGAAGCCAACAGACAUGCACAUAGUAAACCUGGCACUAUCCCGCGCGUGUCUGAGCGUGAAAAACACAUUGUUAAAGAGGAUGUUUAAAAUAAUAAAUAUUUUUUUACUCAAUUAA